AUGAUAAAGAGAAGUAUAAUCUUCUUAACGCUAUGGGCAAUAUCGGAUGCAUACAUCAGCCGCAUGGCAGUGAACAGGAUGCGAGCUCCCGUAGCUUUCCGGCCGGGUGUAGUACUGCAGAGACCAGUCCCGCAACGUAUAAUGUCAGCUACAAGACGAGCGCCGUACAUAUUGUAUAGAAAUCCUCCCCACAGGUUUGCAACGAAGCACAUCAACGCAAGUCCCAACCGGAAUAUAUAUAAUUUGUGGAAGACAACUCGCCAACCAAUACCUGUUGCGACUCCUGAGUACGAGUACGUCCGCGCCGCUCCGUCCCCUGUCAUACACCCUGACGGUACAGGUGCGAUCCAUACGAUACCAGCGCCCAACCUCAGUCUUUCUGAAAAGCCCAUCGUCGUGGCUGAUGCUGCGGAGAGUUCUGGAGCUAACGAAUCUUCAGAAAGGCCCAAACCUACAUACGAAGUUACAGAAAAAUACGCAGAUCAACCAAUCUAUCAAGCAAAUCCAAAAGUUGAAAAACCUGUUGGAUUUUCCAAAGCAUCGGCUUUAUCAGCAGCUGAAUUACAAAACAUAAUCAGACAUAACGCAGCGUUACAACUUGCUUCGGAGUCUGGUUUGCCAGCAAUCCAACUAUCGCAACCGACUGUCCAACUCCCACAACCAACAAUUAUACCACACCAAUUCUCAAUGCAUGGAUUCCAUGGAAUGUCAAAUCCUCACGACUUUAUGAAUCGAGCACCAGAGCAAAUAAUAUUACAGCCAAACGCUUUAUACCAACCAGAUCAAAUGUUUUUGCAUAAUUUCCAAAGUCAAAUAUUACAGCAAUAUCCUGCAGUUGAAUUUGUACCUUAUACUCCGGACAUACAGCAUCAAGUCCAGACUCAGCCAACUGAAACGCAAACACCAUUAUAUUUAUUGCAAAACGAACAAAUGACGGAACAUGAACCAGUACAACAAACUGAAAACAAUAAAAACAUCGUACAAAGAGAAACUCAAGAAAAAUCCGUCUCAUCUAUACUGCCACAAGCAUUUACUGCCAAAAAUGUAUCUGAGAAUCUCAUUGAUAUUGAUGUAACCACUCUGCCUCAAAAUAAAACAGAGCUAGAACAAACUGAAAUUCCAGCGACUACAGUUAAAAGUGUAGACAAUAAUGAAAAUAAAAGAACGACUCCCAUAUAUUACGCUCAGAUAGGACAAAGUGUUGGUAACGUUAUAGCGAAUGCAUUCUAUUCAGCUAUAAACGAUGUAAGAACUUCCAUAGAUGAACAGGACUCGGCAAAAUUGCAAGAAAAUGUUACCACAACAACUGUAGAGACGACUACUGAAAGAGAAACAAAAGCAGUCUUUGAAAAUACCAACCUAAAAGAAAGUAGGCGAGAAGAUUUUAAAAAUCUACUAGGUUCUCCUUUCGAAAAAACUGCAGAAUCCGUUAAUGUCGCCUAUACAAUCUUAAGAGCUAACGAAAAAGAACCUAAAGUUAAUGAAGAUGGCAAAGUGUUAGCUGGACAGGUAGUAGAAGCAAAAAUAAGUGAGGAUCAAGAAUUUAAUAAGGAAAAAGCGAAUUUGGUCAAUCGUCCAUCAUUACGACUCUAUGCUGUAACGGAGAAGCGAGUUUCUGAACCAACUCCACAGAGAACUGUAGUGAAAGCUAAAAUUCCACCAAAAAGCAAACUGAUAUUUGACGAUAAAACCGGUGAACCUAUACUUAGAGUGUAUGCUAGUUACGUUGAUAGUCCUGCACAGAAAGAAUUCAUAACAACAAAAUUGUCGAACAUGAAAUACAAGGAAGCGACUAGAAAACAGGACACGUUUGACGUUAAAUCAGAUCCCGCGAAAAAUAUAGAACAAUCUUUAACCGGUGAUGUCAAUCAAGUGGCACAAUUUGGGCUCAAAAUAAAAUCAAGAAGUGACGAUUACAUACCCAUAUUCAAUGAUUAUGAAGAG